GGGGGCGUUCUCCCCCCCCCAAAAAAAAAGAAAAAAAAAGAAAAGAAGUGAGAUAUUGGGCGUCUCACAUCUGUUCUUCUUUUUUGCUUCUGAACUUUCCUUACGAUUCUGAUCUUUCUGAGACUAUGGGCCUCGGUCCGCUACUCCCCACGUGCAUAAAAAACAAAAAAUAUGGCAGUGUAUCUUCCCAUGUUCUAGCGGAAGUGUCGUUCUCAUUUUGCACAUUUGGAGGAUGAUUGUUGUUAAAGAUUUUGAUGUGAUUGGACAUUGGGGAGAUACGAUUGGUCACCCAUCUUCAAUUUCUGAUCCAGGAAGGGUCAGUUCUCCUCAGCAACCACUUCCACAGCAGCAGCAGCAACCACCCCCACAGAAGCAGGAGCACCAACAGACGCAGCAGAAGCGGGAUUUCUUGUGCAGACAAGCAGCUCAACAGCGCAAACACGUGCAGGGGCUGAGUGCAGGCCUCUUGGGAGCAGCUGAUGACGGUAAUGGAAAUGGGACCAUGAUGGCGUCGCUUGGAAGACCUCCCGGCGCUGGGAACAAAGCCCAUGGUCCGGGAAUUUGUCAAGCUACAGGGAAUGGUGGGACUGGUCAACAGAGUGCACAGAUGCAGGGACUGGGGGGUGGAUUGCUGGGACCGUAUGAUGAUGGGCGGAAGACAAAUGGAACGCUGCUGAUGUCUUCUGGAAGUCAACCAGACACUCACAGCGAAGGUCAUGAUCCUCAAAAGUUUCGAGUAACAGGGCGUGCCACUGUUCAAAGGAGUGCACAGCUGCAUGGACAAGAGGCAGGACUCCUGGGAGCGGGCAAUGACAGCCAGAGCAGAAAUGGGACCAUUAUGGUGUCACCUGGACGACGACCGGACGCUCACAGCCAACGCCAUGCUCCACGAUUGUCUGGAGUCACUGAGAAUGGCACUGUUCAACAGAGUCUACUGCUGCAGGAGUUGGUGGCAAGGCCCGUAGAAAUGGUCACAGGACUCCUCGGAGUCGGCGAUGACGGCUAUAACAGAAACGGGACGAUGAUGGCGUCACCUGGAAGACGACCAGACCCUCCUCCACGAAUGUCUGGCGUUACAGCGAAUGGCACCAUUCAACAGAGUGCACCGCUGCAGGAGUUGGCGGCAAGGCCAGUAGCAAUAGGUGGUGAUGGACAGCUGACUCAGACAAGCAAUCUCAACAUGAUGAUGCCAUCUGGAAGACAUUCACACAGUGAGGACGUCAUGGCUGUGAUGGGCAGAGGAAGCAUAGGACCUCCUCCUGGAAUAAGCAGUACAGGCAAACAACAACAACAACAACAACAACAACAACAACAACAGCAGUCACAGAGCUCAGGGAGCUUAGAGAUAUGGAGUAAGCAGUACGGGGCCGAGCCACAGCACCUGCGCAGGCAGGCGGACGAAGGAAAAUCAGCUUUGCGUUUUCAAGCUGCAAACAUUGAUGCGAGCGCUCCUGUCAUCCCGAUCUCUGAGUUGAGUCCAAUGAAAACUCGGUGGACCGUCAAGGCAAGGGUGACUGCAAAGAAAGACAUGCAGCCUUAUAACAAUGCAAAAGGCAGCGGUACGUGGUUCAGCUUCCACCUGGAAGAUAACACCCGGAGGGUCCGUGUGGUAUGUUUCGACAAGGUUGCGGAAAAGUUUUAUGAGAGCAUAGCGGUUGGCAAAGUGUAUUGUGUGUCAAAUGGAUCGCUGAAACAAGCACGAACAGGCUUCUCCCACCUCGAGCACCCUUGGGAGAUCAACCUGGAGACCUUUUCGACCAUAGACCAUGAUGAAGAUGCAGAUGUAAAUAAUACACCUGUGCCAAGGUCUCAAUUUCAAGUAAUAUCCGACGUGCUAACAAUGGAAAUCAAUACAAUAGUCGAUCUGAUUGCUCUCGUCAUUCAUGUUGGCCCGAUGGAAUCAAUCACUCGCAAGAAUGGUACGAAAACGCAGAAGAGGAAGUUAUUGUUGUGGGACAGGUCUGAGAAGAACGUCGACCUUACCCUUUGGGGAGAGUUCUGCUCCCGGGAAGGCCAGCAGUUGCAUGAUCUUUGGGCUAACGGUUCCUCACCCCCCGUUCUUGCAGUUACGGCCGCACGUGUGAGCGAGUACAGGAAUCGUAAGUUGGUUGAAACCAUCCCAAAGACCCAAUUGACCAUCAACCCUGAUCUCCCCGUGGGCGCAGAUCUCAAAGAUUGGGCGGCAGCACAAGGUGGCGGCCAGUUGGCAACCAUUAAUGUAAAGCAAAGAGAUCGCAGCAGUGGAGGAGCUGGCCCGAUAGAAACUCGAAAAAUGAUUUCGCAGAUCAAAGGUGAAGGUUUUGCAUCAGGUGGACGUGCAUAUCAAGUCUGGAUUCGUGGGACGAUAUCGCGUGUCAACCAAAACAAUGCUGUGUAUCUGGCAUGUCUACAGAAGAGGGCUGGGGACAGCCGUACGUGCGGCAAAAAGGUGGUCAAAAUGGGUGAUCGCCAGUACAAAUGUGAGACGUGCAAUAUAAUCUUUGAUGAAGUGAUUGGAGGCUUUGGAUACAAGUACAAACUGGACUUUGAUAUCCAGGACAGCACUGACAAGGCACGGGUGACUGCAUUUGGAGACUUGGGUGAGGCAGUUCUGGGAGUGUCCGCCGUUGACCUAUGGAGUUGGAAAGGAACUGACGACUUGCGAUUUGCGCAGACAUUCCAGAAGGCUCUCCUUCGACAGAUUCUGCUCAAGGUGAAUGUGGAGUUGCAAAAGGGCGAAACACGGGUAAAAUUAACAGCUGUCAAAGUCAACCCCCUUGACUACACUGAAGAAACCAGAGUACGUCUUGAAAUGAUCAGGAGAAUGCAGGCAGGACUUCCACAAGACGGAGAGGAGACGAAGGGAGAGCACGCACACAGUUAUGGAAGGGGGAGCAGCAAACAAGACUCGUCAGCCAGUGAAGGUGCCGUACGAGGCCCAGCAGACAGGAAUACUGUCUGCUUCAGGUGCAAUCAGCCGGGUCAUUGGGUGAAGGAAUGCACUUAUUCUGGUGGUGGGGUCCGCAGCAGUGAAGGUGCGGUACAAGGUGCGGUACAAGGUGCGGUACAAGGUGCAGCAGACAGCAAUGCCUGCUUAAAGUGCCAUCAAACGGGGCAUUCAGAGAAGGAGUGUACUAGUUUUGGGGAUGAUGGGGCUGGGAGCGGGGGUAGGGGUGGGGCCGAGAACAGUGAAGGUGGUGUACGAGGUUUUGGGGGUGGGGUUGGGAGCGGGGGUGGGGGUGGCAGCAGGGGCAGGGGGGGAGGUGAUAACAGUGAGGGUGGUGUACGAGGUGUAGCCGACAAACGUCCCUGCUUCAAAUGCGGUCAAACGGGUCACUGGAUGAAAGACUGUCCCAAAAAUUCUUGCUUCAAGUGCAAUCAACCGGGGCACUGGAUGAAUGAGUGCCCUAAUUCUUAGGGAGGGGGGCUGCAGCAAUUAAGCUAUUAUACGGUGCCAGCAGAAAGACAAGCAUGUUCCAAGUGCCAUGAAAUGGAGGCUCGGGGUCAGGGGGGGGCGGCAGUGACUUUGGCAAUGAAGGUGUACGAUGCGCAGCAGACAGACGUACCUGCUUGAAGUGUCAUGAAACGGGUAAAGACUGCCCCAAAAUCAACACUUUCAGUGCCAUCAACAAGGUCACUGGGUGAAGGAUUGCUUUAAUUCUUAUGGAGGGGGGCUGCAGCAGUGAAGGUGGUAUACGUCUCAAUACGAGGUGCAGCCGAUAAAGAUAUCUGCUGCAAGUGCCAUCCAGACUACCAGCCAGGCCACCCGGGUCACCCUGUUUUCCCAGGCUGGAUGUGCAAGGACCAAUGAAGGUCCCAACCUACG